AAGUAAUUAUGUAUUGUUGAUUGAUUCACGUUUCUUUUGGUUGGAUUGUGUUACCCGUUACUAUUUUUGAAUAAUUUUUGUGAUAUCUUCACGGAAGUCAGUUCAUAUUUACUUUACAACUCUUGCAGUUUUGCUCUGUCAACUCUGUGGGCCGCUGUUGGUCAAUUUGUUGAGGUUGUAGAAAAGAUUUAAAGCAAACCUCUCGUGCCAUGUCAGUAUUUUAGAGGAAAUUGAGAGAAGGGCGCUGCUUCGUAAAACUCACAGAUCGUAUGUUGACGGCUUUAACAUCGUGCCACUUCUUCCUAUCAUCUGGAUUUGAAUGCGUUUCAUUUUAUUGUUUCUUCCACUUUCUAUUGGCUCUAUUUCUUUGUGUAAAUUGAGAUCUAAUCUUUUUUUUUUUUUUUUUUAACGGGAGCACAAAGCAUUGGACAGAACAAUGGAACGGCAAGUACUGUUUUCCAUCUUGCUUUGCUGCGUCUAUUCAGCUCUAGGUCAGAUCAGCUACUCUGUUCCUGAAGAAAUGCCAAAGGGAUCUGUGGUGGGAAACAUCGCAAUAGAUUUGGGUUUGGAUGUGAAAAGAUUACAAUCGGGUAAAGCUCGCAUCUUCACGGGCGAAAGUGCAGAAUACGUCGAGCUGAGCAGAGAAAGAGGAGUCCUUCUGGUGAAAGAAAAGAUCGACAGAGAGUUGCUCUGCAGACAGACGACGCCUUGUGCUUUGCAUUUGCAGAUCAUUUUAGAAAAACCCAUGGAGCUUUUUCGGAUAACAGUCGAGAUUACCGACAUCAACGACAACAGUCCCAGCUUUAAACAUGGCGAGAAGCGUUUUGAAAUCAGCGAAUCUGCGGUUACGGGCUCUAAAUUUGUCUUAGAGAAAGCCGUUGAUUUAGACAUCGGCAGAAACGGUAUAAAAAAUUACAGUUUAAAACCUACAGAUAAUUUUGUGUUGAAGGUAGAAAAUGAGGCAGAUGGAAAUAAAAAGGUUGAGAUGAUUUUACAUAAGCCUUUAGACAGAGAGAAAGAGGAAGAGAUUUCAUUAUUGCUAAAAGCUGUAGAUGGGGGAGAACCCCAAAUGUCUGGUACAGUGAAAAUUUAUGUGACUGUUCUCGAUGUAAAUGACAAUCCUCCUGUUUUUACACAGUCGAUUUACAAAGCAACCAUAGCAGAAAAUUCUCAGAAAGGAACCACACUGACAACAGUCAGUGCUUCUGAUGCAGAUAAGGGAAUCAACGGGAAAAUUUCCUAUGCGUUAUCGUCUUCUAUUGAUAGUUUGUCUGAUAUUUUUCAAAUAAAAGAAAAUGGUGAAGUAAUUUUAGUGGGGGAGAUUGACUUUGAAAGAGCGAAAAAUUACCAAAUUGAUAUUGUAGCUACAGACAGCGGUGGUCUUUCUGACUCGAGUAAAAUUAUAGUUGAUGUUAUUGACGUAAAUGACAAUGACCCUGUUAUAAGUAUCAUGUCAAAAUCUGACUUUAUUCUAGAAGACUCUCCCCAUAAUACAGUUAUAGUUAUGUUUAGCGUCACUGACCCAGAUUUCAGUAACAACGGUCGUGUAAAUUGCAGAAUAAGUGAAAAUAUACCAUUUGCUAUUAAAACGUCAUCAAAUGACUUUUAUACCCUUGUAACAGACAGUGAAUUAGACAGAGAGACAGCCUCUGAGUACAAUAUCACAGUGACCUGUUCUGAUGGAGGAAUCCCAUCCCUCUCCAGCAGCGUCACUCUCACCUUACAGAUCUCUGAUGUAAAUGACAACUCGCCUGUCUUUGAGAGAAGCUCAUAUGAGGCCUACAUUGCAGAAAACAACACACCAGGUGUGUCUAUAUUCACAGUGACAGCUACAGAUGCUGAUUGGAACCAGAAUGCCCGUGUUUCAUACAUCCUGGAGGACACUUCUGUAAACGGAGUGCCAAUAUCAUCAUAUGUGUCUGUCAGUGCCGAUAGUGGAGUCAUCCAUGCAGUUCGCUCUCUUGACUAUGAGCAGAUCAAAGAUUUCUAUUUUCGCAUCAAAGCGCAGGAUGGAGGCUCUCCUCCUCUCAGCAGCAACGUUACUGUGAAAAUCCUGAUCCAGGACCAGAAUGAUAACCCCCCUCAGGUUUUGUAUCCAAUCCAGACUGCAGGCUCCAUGGUGGCUGAAAUGGUUCCUCGUUCAGCAGAUGUGGGCUACCUGGUGACUAAAGUGGUGGCUUGCACGACUUUGUACUCUCAGCGCCGCUGUUGGCUCAUGCAGCGAUUUCUUCCCUCGUUUUGA